AUGAUUCUUUGCCGACGAGGCUCCUGGAUAAGGAGCUGCCUGCUACCCUUGGUUCUGUUUCACACAGCCUGGGAGAUGGGAAGCAGCCAUCUCCAUUACACUGUACUGGAGGAGUCCCAGCAUGGCACUUUUGUGGGACGCAUUGCCCAGGAUCUGGGAUUGGCGGUGAGUGAGCUGGUGCCGCGGAUGUUCCGGAUGGAGUCUGAAGACCAUAGGGAUUAUUUUGAGGUAAAUGUACAGAAUGGGAUUUUGUUUGUUAAUUCCAGGAUAGACAGGGAAGAGCUGUGUGCUAAGAGCCCUAUUUGUGCCAUUCAUUUGGAGGUGAUUGUGGAGAAACCCCUGAUAAUUUUCCAUGUAGAAGUGGAGAUCAAGGACAUAAAUGACAAUCCACCUAUUUUCUCUGUGAAUCAGUUCAAUCUUUCUAUAUCAGAAUCAACAGUGUCUGACUCUCGCUUUUCACUAGAGGGUGCAUCAGAUGCAGAUAUUGGUAAAAAUGCUCUUAUUACAUACAGGGUCUGCCCAAAUGAAUAUUUUGUUGUGGACGCUCACAAUAAGCAUGGCAAAAGCACAUCGCCAGAGCUUGUUUUAAAGAAGACUUUGGACAGAGAGGAAAUCUCUUUGCAUCAUUUAUUGCUUACAGCAACAGAUGGGGGUCAGUUGGAACUCACAGGGACAGUACAGCUAGUGAUAUCAGUGCUGGAUGUUAAUGAUAACAGACCUGUUUUUAAUCAGUCAAUCUAUGAAGUGUGUUUACUGGAAAACUCAGCUGAUGGGACCCUAGUUGUUAAAACAGAAGCAACAGAUCUUGACGAUGGCAUCAGCAAGGAAAUUAUUUAUGCCUUUAAUACACCCCUAGCCUCAACUGCUCAAACCAUGUUUGACAUUGACCAAAAUACUGGAGAGAUAAGGCUGAAAGGUAAACUCGAUUUUGAAGAUGAAAAUGUAUAUGAAAUCCAAGUGCAAGCUAUUGAUAAAGGCCAACCCCCAAUGAUAGGUAACUGUAAAGUUUUGAUAGAAGUGUUGGACGUGAAUGACAAUGCUCCUGAGAUAUCUUUGAAAUCCCUGUCAGUGCCAGUGCCGGAGGACUCUCCGCUGGGUACUGUAGUUGCCCUCAUCAGUGUCUCAGACAGAGAUUUUGGAACCAAUGGCCAAGUGAGUUGCUUCUUGUGGCCUCCAGGGCUCCCUUUCAAGCUGACAUCAACCUUCAAGAAUUACUAUUCAUUGGCACUGGCUGAGCCUUUGGAUCGAGAGCAGGUGGCUAAGUAUAAGCUGGUGGUGACAGCCCGAGACCAAGGGGACCCAUCACUGUCAGCCAGUAGUAGCUUGGUGGUUCCUGUUGGAGAUGUGAAUGACAAUCCCCCCACAUUCAUGCAGCCCUUCUACACUGUCUUUGUGAGAGAGAAUAACCCGCCUGGUGCUCACAUCUUCACAGUGUCUGCCUCAGACCCAGAUAAGGACGAAAACUCCUUGGUUAGCUACUGGAUAGAUGAGAAACUGUGGCCGCUAUCAAGCUACAUCUCAGUGCACUCGGAGAGUGGGAAGGUCUUUGCCUUGCAGCCACUGGACUAUGAGGAGCUGAAGCUGCUGGAAUUCCAGGUGAGAGCAAAGGAUGCUGGGCUGCCGUCCUUGCAGAGCAACAUGACCAUGCAGGUCUUUGUGGUGGAUGAGAACGACAAUGCACCUGCAGUGUCUGGGCAAGAAGAAGAGAUUCCCCUCCUGCUGGUAAUUCCUGUGAGGGCUGGACAUGUGAUUGGCAAGAUCCAUGCCUUGGAUGCUGACUCAGGGUAUAAUGCAUGGCUACGCUACGAGCUGCUUGAAGCUACCAGUGGCCCUUGGCAGGUAGGGCUGUACAGUGGUGAGAUCAGCACCGCACGUUCCUUGCAUGAGACAGAAAGUGGAAACAGUCAGAGAAUGCUGGUUCUGGUGAAGGACCAUGGCAAACCAGUUUUGUCAACUACAGCCACACUGAGUAUAUCAUUCGUGCCAAGUGCCCAGGCUGUUCAAGCUGAUGCUCACCUUUACAGGAUGGGAGGGAGCCCAAAGCCUUUAAUGGAUAAUGCCAAUAUGUACCUAAUCAUUGCCAUUUGCUCAGUGUCUAGUGUGUUCUUGCUGACAAUCUUAGUAUAUAUGGCCCUACGAUGCCAGCGUCAGGCAAAAGACAUGGUGAUGUAUGGCCCAGGCACAGCCACGUUGGUAUGUGCCAGUGAAGUAGGAAGUUGGUCAUAUUCAAAUCGUCAUAGUCACAUCCUCGGGGGUGUGGCAGGAGAGGCUGGUAUCAAAAGUGACCUCAUGGUUUUUACCCCCAAUAUACCUAUCUUGGGAGAUGGUGGAGAGGUAGGGAAUAUGAAGGAGAUGGCCCCAGAUUCAUCUGGACAGGAACCAAAUAUUUUUGCCAUCAUUCUUACGAAAUUUGACUUGAUGGGGAGAAGGCAGCUGCUGCAGCUAUCCCUGCUCUACACAGCUUGGUUGAUGGGGAGCAGCCAGCUCCAUUAUUCAGUACUGGAGGAAUCCCAGCAUGGCACCUUUGUGGGCCGCAUUGCCCAGGAUCUGGGACUGGAGGUGAGUGAGCUGGUGCCUCGGAUGUUCCGGUUGGUUUCCAAAGACCACAAGGAUUAUUUAGAGGUAAAUGUCCAGAAUGGGAUUUUGUUUGUUAAUUCUCGGAUAGACAGGGAAGAGCUGUGUGCCCAGAGCCCUGUUUGUGCCAUUCACUUGGAGGUGAUUGUGGAUAAACCUCUGAUGAUCUUCCAUGCAGAGGUUGACAUCAGGGAUAUAAAUGACAAUGCUCCAGUUUUCCCAGUAAAUGAUCACAAACUGUUUAUUUUAGAAUCUAGGCUCCCUGGCUCAUAUUUCCCACUAGAGGGAGCUUCAGAUUCAGAUAUUGGUUCCAAUAGUCUGCUUACCUAUAAACUUAGUUCUAAUGAUUAUUUUCAGUUACGUGAAGAAAAGCACAGUGACCGCAGUAAGUCUCUAGCACUUGUGUUACAGAAUGCCCUGGACAGAGAAAAAUACUCUGAACAUCAUUUAUUACUCACAGCCACUGAUGGGGGACAGCCAGAGCUCAGUGGCACAGUACAGCUGGAGAUAAUUGUAUUAGAUGCAAAUGACAAUGUACCUUCCUUCAACCAGUCUGUAUAUGAAGUUCUUCUGCCAGAAAACAUCACAAAGGGAACCUCUGUCUUUACACUAACUGCUUAUGAUGUGGAUGAGGGAACGAAUAAAGAGAUAUCGUAUUCGUUGAGCAAUAUGAUGCCUUCCCAGUUAAAACGCAGUUUCUCUAUAGACUCAAACACGGGGGAAAUUAAAGUGAAAGGAGAGAUAGAUUUUGAAGAUACUAAUUUGUUUGAACUACAAGUUGAAGCAGCUGAUCAAAGCCCAUAUCCCCUGGUUGGACACUGCAAAGUACUGAUCCAGGUUCUAGAUGUGAAUGACAAUGUCCCAGAGCUAUUAGUGACAUCCCUGUCCGUUCCAGUGCCUGAGGACUCCUCAGUAGGGACAGUGGUAGCCCUGAUCAGUGUCUUUGACAAAGACUCUGGUGUCAAUGCACAAAUAAACUGUUCCCUCUGGCCAUCUAGGCAUCCCUUCAAGCUGACAUCCACCUUCAAGAAUUAUUACUCACUCGUACUGGCUGAGCCACUGGACCGGGAGCAGGUGGCCGAGUAUAGUUUGGUGGUGAUAGCCCAAGACCAAGGGGACCCCCCACUGUCAGCCAGCAGCAGCCUGGUGGUGCCAAUCAGCGAUGUGAAUGACAAUGCACCUACCUUUGCAAAGCCUUCAUACACAGUAUUUGUGAAGGAGAACAACCCGCCUGGUGCUCACAUCUUCACAGUGUCUGCUUCAGAUCCAGAUGUGGCUCAGAAUGCCUUGGUCAGCUACUGGCUGGAUGAGAAGCUCUGGCCCCUAUCGAGCUACAUCUCAGUGCAUUCGGAGAGUGGGAAGCUGUAUGCCCUGCAGCCCUUGGAUUAUGAGGAGGUGAAGCUGCUGGAGUUCCAAGUGAGGGCCAAGGAUGCUGGGCUGCCCUCCUUGUGUGGCAACGUGACCAUCCAAGUUUUUGUGUUGGAUGAGAAUGACAACGCACCUGCAGUGUCUGGUCCAGCUGAGGAUACCCCCACUCUGGUGAAGGUUCCAGUGGCAGCUGGGCAUGUGGUGGGCAAGAUCCAUGCCCUGGAUGCUGAUUCGGGCUACAACGCCUGGCUUCGCUAUGAAUUGCAUGAUGCAACUAGCAGCCCAUGGCGGGUGGGGCUUUACAGUGGUGAAAUCAGUACCAUACGUACUCUGGAGGAGACAGAGGGCAGCAACAGCCAGCGUCUGCUUGUUCUAGUGAAGGAUCACGGCAAGCUGGUACUGUCAACAACAGCGACCUUCAGUGUGUCACUGGUAGCUAGCGCCCAGGCUGCCCAGACUGAUGCCCGUCUCUCUAGGAUGGGUGGGAGCGCAAAGCCCCUGGCAGACACUGCUAAUCUCUACCUGAUCAUCGCCAUCUGUUCAGUGUCCAGCUUGUUCCUACUUGUGAUCCUCGUGUAUGUGGCCCUCCGAUGCCAGAGCCAGGCCAAGGAGGCAGUGAUGUACGGCCCUGGGACGGCCACUCUGGUGUGUGCCAGUGACAUGGGCAGCUGGUCAUAUUCCAAUCGCCACAGCCACAUCCUAGCGGGGGUGAGUGGAGAUGCUGGUGCCAAAAGUGACCUUAUGGUUUUCAGCCCCAACAUUCCUGUCUUUGCCAUGAAUGGAGAGUGUGGAAAUAUUGAAUAA